AUGGGUGUUCGAGUACAUUUCAAAUGGUAUGACGGCAACAAUAUCAGACGUUUCUCUUCGGUAUUUAACGAGGAUGACAAUGAUUUGGAGCAUCUGAUUGAGAGACUUAAGCAAGGUGGAUUCCGUGAGGAUCAGUGUGAUAUCUAUUGGAGGGACGCCGAAGGGGAUAGUAUCUUGAUGGAUUCGAAUGAUUCACUUCAGGAAGCGAUCGAUCAGAGGAAAGAUUCAGUCAUCAUUGAGACACAUCCCAAAGACGCGGUUCUGGAUCAAAUGGAACGAGAGAGACGUGCAAAAAAACAUGGCCAUCACCACGGAAAGGGCACCGCCAAGGAAGAGGCCGAAGAGGAGGAAGCAAAGCACGAAGGUGCAGUAUGUCCAGAACAAAUCUGUCCAUAUGCGCGCAAACAUCACGCCAAAAAAGGAAAGAAACACCACCGUUCCAGCUCAAGCAGCAGCACUUCGAGUUCCAGCAGUUCAAGCAGCUCGUCCAGUUCCUCGAGCUCAAGCUCUAGCUCGAGUAGCUCCUCAUCAUCCUCUUCAUCGGGUAUAUGCAAACGAUACAAAAAACUUUUCAAGAGAUAUCAUCAUUACAAGGGUGUAUGUCCAAUGAGAAGCGGACAUAAACACAGCACGAAACAUGGUCGUAUCAUUUGCUGUAAACUCACAAAAAAGGGUCACUGCUAUCCGAUUAUCAACAAGAAAGGUGAAUGCUGUCCGGUCAUGGGAAUGGGUGGAGAAUGCUGUUCGAUGAAGAAGGGCCGAGAAUGCUGUCCGAUAAUGUCAAAAUGUCCGGUCAUGGGAAUGGGGCAGUGUCAAUACUGCUGCUCACAAAGAAAGGGUGGAGAAUGCUGUCCGAUGAUGUUCGGACAAGCGUGUUGCGCAAUGUCAAGACACGGUGAGUGCUGUCCGGCCAUGACAAAAAGACAUCACGGUGACGUUUAUCCAUCGCAUUAUACAGGCGAUCACCAUCGACACCAUCAACGUAUCGAGGAGAGACUUGACGAGCUGACAGCGAAACUGGACGAAUGCAUGCAACAAUGUCGUGCACAUGAAGGAUGCCGUUGA